AUUUUCAAGAAGAUAAACUACAUGUAGGAACUGUGUUCAUGCGACUUGCCGGACAUUAUAUAAGUCCAAACUUUGAGCCGCUCAUUCGGACGAACUUUUCACAAUUAUUAAUCAUCUUCUCGAAACGAAUACCACCAACACACUGCCGACCAUCAUCAUGACUUCAAAACCUAUAGUUUUAAUUACAGGCGCGUCUGGCUUCAUAGCAGCCCACACGCUUGAUCAGCUGCUCGAGAAAGGCUACCGGGUUAUUGCGACCGUAAGAAGUGAGGCCAAGGCCGACAUUAUUCGUGAUGCGCACCCGAGCCUCCGCAAGGACCAGCUAGAUUUCGCCAUCGUCCCCGAUAUUGCCAGGCCCGAUGCCUUUGAUGAGGCAGUCAAGACGCCGGGCAUCGAGUUCGUUAUGCACAUCGCGUCCCCCGUCUCCAUGAACUAUAAACACCCCAGCGAGCUUGUUGACCCAGCCGUGAUCGGCACCACCGGUAUUCUUAAGGCACUAGCCCGUUCUGCACCGUCCGUCAAGCGGGUGGUAAUCACUUCGUCCACUGCCGCCAUAAUGGAUAUGGAGCGCGAACUUGACGCCAAAUGUUUACUGAACGAGUCAAGCUGGAACCCGAACACGCUGGAGGACGCUAUCGCGCAUCCCGAAAAUGUAAAGACUGCAUACUUCGUGUCCAAGACGCUUGCCGAGAAGGCCGCCUGGGAUUUCGUGCGCGACCCAGCCGUUAAGUUCGAUCUGGUUACUAUCAACCCGCCCAUUGUCUUUGGCCCUGUGGUCCCGUACUUUGCCAACGCCGAAUCUGUCAAUUUCUCCAACGGGCUUAUCCUGGAUUUGCUGAGAGGCAAGUGGAAAGAAACCGGUAUACCUGCCACGGGGGGUGUGUUUACCUGGGUUGAUGUUCGCGAUGUCGCGGCGGCGCACAUCCUCGCCAUCGAGGUGCCUGAGGCGGGCGGGAAAAGGCUCUUGACGAUCGGGGGGACUUUUGGCAACCGCGACAUACUCGAGGUGGCCAGGAAGAACUUUGGAGAAAAGUACGCCGACAAACUCCCAGGCGCUGAUGCUAAGGGAGGUGAAAUCCCGCCCGAAGAUGCACGAUGCUCCUUCGACAGUUCCGCGACGGACAAGAUAUUGGGCAUUAAAUGGCGCAAUUUGGAGGAAACCAUCGGCGAUACUAUUAGGGGCUUCCAGUCUGUCGGAGUUUAAAUGCAGGCGGAGGAGUACUUGAGGGCUGCAAUAGUGUAUUGGUUUUAAGUUCUACGUCUUGCGUCUAUGGCUGCUGUGGUCUUGUUACAUUCUUCGAUUUCUCAGCCCCGAAACCAAAAGAAUAUAUGCCAUUUAACAUUUUCAUUCUCA